CCAGGAGACUAAAUCAGGAGAAAACUGUCACAAAAUGGCCAACAUGAUGAGAUCGUGGAUGAUGCCUGCAGCUGUGGUCCUCUGCCUGCUGGUGUGUCUGAGCAGCUUUGCCGACGCUUACCCCCCCAAACCGGAGAGCCCGGGGAGCGACGCCUCACCGGAGGACUGGGCCAAAUACCACUCAGCGGUCCGGCAUUAUGUCAACCUCAUCACCAGGCAGAGGUAUGGGAAGAGGGCGACCCCCGAGCAGGCGGUGGCGUGGCUGCUGCUUGGAGCCGAUUCGAGCCAGGACGCUGAACCACGCUCUGAGUACGGCGAUCAGUGGUAAAUGAUCUUGAUGUCAAACCUGACCGACAUUAUCCCCGAUCCUUUGAUUCACCCGCACUCACUGAGAUUGUCAACCUGCAUUGGACUUUGUGACUUUCCAUAUUGAAUGAUUUAUUGUGCAUGCAAAUCUCUCUCUCUCUCUCUCUCUCUCCCUCUCUCCGUCUCCUCUCUUUGUCUUCUUCUCUCAGUAUAUCUAUUUGU